AUGGAAGGCGAAGGGCACAAGCCGAGGAGAGAAGCUUCACCAGGGACUGUCGGAGCAUGGCUGAAGUGCCUUGAUUCUAGUGCUGGCGGUAGCAAGGAAGAGAUUGAGGGGGUCAUAGUGAGCCUUGAACGCUUGACAGAGACUUUUCAGAAGUUGAAAGAGCAGUCCAAGAUUGUGGAUGCGUUGUGCUUGACAAUCCAGAUUGAGAGUGCUCGACUGGGACAGUUAACUGCAGCAGGCGGUGGGGAAGCACGGCAAGUGGAAGCGAAAGAGGAAGAGACAGUUGCUGGUGGAGCGGCACGCUUGUUACGGACCGUUAAGGAAUUGGAAGAACACUUGGCAACUCUUAAGGUGCUGCAGAGGGAAGUAAGUUCCGCAGUCCAGAUCGGUCAGAGUCAACCAGGUCAGCUUGAUGAGGUUAACGGAGGGGUAGCACAGGAAGCAAGGGUGGAGGAAGCAAGGGCGGAGGAAGCACGGGCGGAGGAAGCAAGGGCGGAGGAAAGUCCAAAGCCGCGCCAGUUGCUGUCUCAUGCCGACAUGAUUCACUACUUAGACGUGACAGGCGGGUGGGAUGAGGAUCUGUGCGCGUGCAACUUUGACCGUGCAGUGAGCCAGCGAGCACAGCGAGCUCUUGCGAUUAAGGACCUUGAGGAGUUGCGUUGCCACCUGCGCAAGCUGCAGCCUCGUUCCAUCCCUGCAGCUGCCCUGGAGCAGCAGCAGCACAAUCAGGCCGCUUUUGAGUCCGCUAAAGGGGUAUUGGAGCAGGCUGUGCUGGGGGUGAAGGAGAGUGCUGAUCUGCAGGAAGGGUUUGGGCUCUUUGUGCAGCAACUGUUGUCAGGCGGGCUGGAGAAGGCUCAUGCUGAGGGAGGAGGGAUGGGGGGAGCUGAGGAGAAGGCUGCUGAGGAGGUGCAUGGGGAGGGAAAGGGGAGGGGGAGAGCUGCGGAGAAGGCUGCUGAGGAGGUGCAUGGGGAGGGAAAGGGGAGGGGGAGAGCUGCGGAGAAGGCUGCUGAGGAGGUGCAUGGGGAGGGAAAGGGGAGGGGGAGAGCUGCGGAGAAGGCUGCUGAGGAGGGGAGGGGGAGAGCUGCGGAGAAGGCUGCUGAGGAGGUGCAUGGGGAGGGAAAGGGGAGGGGGAGAGCUGCGGAGAAGGCUGCUGAGGAGGUGCAUGGGGAGGGAAAGGGGAGGGGGAGAGCUGCGGAGAAGGCUGCUGAGGAGGUGCAUGGGGAGGGAAAGGGGAGGGGGAGAGCUGCGGAGAAGGCUGCUGAGGAGGGUGGGGAGGGAAAGGGGAGGGGGAGAGCUGCGGAGAAGGCUGCUGAGGAGGUGCAUGGGGAGGGAAAGGGGAGGGGGAGAGCUGCGGAGAAGGCUGCUGAGGAGGUGCAUGGGGAGGGAAAGGGGAGGGGGAGAGCUGCGGAGAAGGCUGCUGAGGAGGUGCAUGGGGAGGGAAAGGGGAGGGGAGAGCUGCGGAGAAGGCUGCUGAGGAGGUGCAUGGGGAGGGAAAGGGGAGGGGGAGAGCUGCGGAGAAGGCUGCUGAGGAGGUGCAUGGGGAGGGAAAGGGGAGGGGGAGAGCUGCGGAGAAGGCUGCUGAGGAGGUGCAUGGGGAGGGAAAGGGGAGGGGGAGAGCUGCGGAGAAGGCUGCUGAGGAGGUGCAUGGGGAGGGAAAGGGGAGGGGGAGAGCUGCGGAGAAGGCUGCUGAGGAGAGCUGCGGAGAAGGCUGCUGAGGAGGUGCAUGGGGAGGGAAAGGGGAGGGGGAGAGCUGCGGAGAAGGCUGCUGAGGAGGUGCAUGGGGAGGGAAAGGGGAGGGGGAGAGCUGCGGAGAAGGCUGCUGAGGAGGUGCAUGGGGAGGGAAAGGGGAGGGGGAGAGCUGCGGAGAAGGCUGCUGAGGAGGUGCAUGGGGAGGGAAAGGGGAGGGGGAGAGCUGCGGAGAAGGCUGCUGAGGAGGUGCAUGGGGAGGGAAAGGGGAGGGGGAGAGCUGCGGAGAAGGCUGCUGAGGAGGUGCAUGGGGAGGGAAAGGGGAGGGGGAGAGCUGCGGAGAAGGCUGCUGAGGAGGUGCAUGGGGAGGGAAAGGGGAGGGGGAGAGCUGCGGAGAAGGCUGCUGAGGAGGUGCAUGGGGAGGGAAAGGGGAGGGGGAGAGCUGCGGAGAAGGCUGCUGAGCGCAAGGUAGAGAUUGACGGGGUUGCUAGCAAGUGCUCGAGGGUCACAAAGGACUCGCGUUGGCGGGAGCGUCUGAAGGGGCGUGUGUGGGAGAGGUAUGUGGAUGGCAUGGGUUGGAUUCUGGAGCAUGGAGGGGGGGAAGGGAGGGAGUUCAGGUUUGGCGCCAUUCCCAAGCCUUUAAAAGAAAGCAGCGUUGCUAUGGAGUGGGAGGAGUGGCCUCAGGGCGACGAAGCUGCUGUGAAGUUUCCUGCCAACCGAAAGGAGAGGUGUUUUGGGCUUGGGAUAGGGGAGGAGCGUGAUGAAGCAGCUGAGAAGUUGACUCAGGACCCUCCUCAUCGCAUUUCUGAAGCAGUAGCUGGCAGCAGGCGUGCAAAGGAUAAAGGGUCGAAUGCAGAAGGCCAAGGAGGUAGCCAGGAAGCUGAACGAAGCUUACCACUUGGGAUAGCUGAAGCAGGAGGGGGCAGCAGGAGUGCAAGUGUCUCCAAGGCAAAAGCGCAAGGGAUGUGGGAGAAAUUCAUGCAGAGGACAGGGCGUGAAAGAGCCGAAGCACACCGAACCGCUGAGCUGAGAGCAAUAACACUACCGCCGCCCAGAAGGAAGCUUCCCAUCGUUCGCUGCCAGGCAGACGUGGACUUCCUGUUGGGGUUUGCUGGUUAUAGGAUGAACCCUCCUGCAUGCACGCAGUGCAUGACAUGUUACUCUAAGUACAUGCAUCAUGUGUGCGCCGUUGCUCUCAUCGCCAAUUUCGCCUACCGCCCCGUCAGCCACCUUUUCUCCCGCGUGCUCUCCGUCUUCCCGCCAUCCUCCCGUGGCUUUGACGAUGUCGUUGGGUGCUUGGACCUUCCAGCUCGCCUACCCAGGCCAUUGAACCUGCACAUGCUGCUGAGGCGGGCCGAGCAGGUGCCUCUGUACUUUUUGAUUGGCAUGGCAGUGUGGUUCGCUCAUUUUCUUUUGGGGACUGAUGGGUUCAAGAAGGAGUACCGUGGGAGAGGGCAGGCAGAGAAGUCCAAGGUACAAGGCCGCUGGGAUGGUGAGGCAGAUCAGGAGAACGGUGGAGAGGUGUGGGAGGAGGUGCGGAUGUGGUAUUCUGCAGCAAUGGCUGCAUGGAGGUUCAAUGUGGGGAGCGAGGGAGAGAGCGCAGAGUGUCGAGGUGGCAGGAAUCGGGAGAGAACAGCAGAGGAGUGUGACAUUAUGUGGAUUUUUGAAGCAUCUAUCACACCGAGGUACUGUGAGGGGUUGCAGGGGCAGCGUGGGUUUGUCAAGGAAAGAAGCCCCACUGCCAGCAGUGCUGCCAGCAGCAGCAGAGUUUCUAAGGGUGGCAGCAGCAGCAGUUCUAGCAAGCGGAUUGGCAAGCAGGGGGAGGAGCCAGCUUAUCUGAAGGCAUGGCCGGGGGGAGUCAAUCUGGUGGCAUGUCUGCGAGAGAUGCUGCUGGGGGAGCCGUGCUACCGCCCUGCCUCCGCUGCUGCAAUGUCCACCCCUUCUACUACUUCCACCCAUCCUACUACUUCCACCCAUCCUACUACUUCCACCCAUCCUGCUGCUGCUAUGUCUUCUCAUCCUGCUGCCUCUCCCGCCUCCACUGCAAUAAGCAUGCGUGCUGCUGCUGCUGCUUCUGCUGCUGCUACUACUGGUGCUGCUGCUACUACUGGUGCUGCUGCUACUGCUGCUGCUGCUUCGAAUGUCCAAGGCCAUGUGUGCGGUGCUGCAGGAUGUGGGACGGUGGAGGGUGGUGGAGUGAAGCUGAGGAGGUGCAGUGGGUGUGGCAAGGUGGCGUAUUGCAGCAGAGAGUGCCAAAAGGCGCACUGGCCCUCCCACAAGCUCACAUGCCCCGGCAGGAGCAGAGGAAAGAGGAGUGGGAAGGAUGGGAGUGGGAAUGUCUGCAUGAAAAUCAGCAAGGAGUGUGGUUGUGAGGAUUGCGGUGAGAAUGAUGGUAAGGAAAUAAGGGGGCAUGGUGGGGUGAUGAUUGGCGAGGUCAGUUGCAUGGGCAGGUGCAAGGACAGUGGCGGGCACAGGUUCAAAAGCAUUGGCGAGGAGAGCUGGAAGGAGGGUUGCGAAGUUGUGGGAAGGAAGGAAGAGUGA